UCAGAGCUCUCAGCUUAGGUCGAUUGACAGUGGCAAAAAAGCAGAGGAGAAAAAAAAGUAAGACUAGCAGCAGGAAUAGGCAAUAUUUUUCGGAACCGAACCCCGUCAGUCUGUCGAGGAGAGUCGAAUAUUAGUCUAGCUGGGAAGAGAAGAAAGUGUGUCUGUGUUUUUGGUAGGGAAAAGAAAGGUUGGAAAGAAACAAGUCCGUAGAAAACCACUUUUUGCGUGUUUUUUUGUUGAGAAAAGCGAAAAAUCAGCGAAAUCUAUCAGGGCAGAUUUUCGCCGUAAGAAAAAGCUUCGCGAGUGUGCCAUAGCCGAGAUUCUGCGGGGAGUGAUUAGUAGCUUCACAUCUAGUCCAAAAUGGGAAAUGAAACAUCUCUGCCGAUGGAGCUGUGCUCAAACUUCGACGCCGACGAGAUCCGGCGUCUGGGCAAGCGCUUCAAGAAGCUCGACCUGGACAACUCGGGCGCCCUGAGCAUCGACGAGUUCAUGUCGCUGCCGGAGCUGCAGCAGAAUCCGCUCGUUCAGCGCGUCAUAGACAUCUUCGACGCGGACGGUAACGGCGAGGUGGACUUUAAGGAGUUCAUCCAGGGCGUUUCGCAGUUCAGCGUGAAGGGCGACAAGCUGUCCAAGCUUAGGUUUGCGUUCCGAAUAUACGACAUGGACAACGACGGAUUCAUCUCGAACGGGGAGCUGUUUCAGGUGCUAAAAAUGAUGGUCGGCAACAACCUGAAGGACACCCAGCUGCAGCAGAUCGUCGACAAGACCAUUGUGUUCGCCGACAAGGACGAGGACGGCAAAAUUUCCUUCGAAGAGUUCUGCUCGGUGGUGGGCAACACCGACAUCCACAAAAAGAUGGUCGUCGACGUUUAAGGGUUUUAACUCGCAGAGAGAGAGAGGGAGCGGAAGUGGUUAAAAAAAAACAAACAAAAUUAACUUAUUAUAAUGAUAUACAAGUGAAGAAAAAAAAAACAAGAAGGCAAAACAACAACAACAAACAUACACACACACACUCACACACAUACACACUCACACUUUUAAUUGCUAGCAAAGAAAGUUGUCUUAUUUAUUUAGUAACGUGGAAGAAAUCUAAGCCAGAGUGUAUGUGAAUGUGUAGAACCACAAAUGUUAUAAUUUUUCAGUUGUUUCUAUGUUGUUUACUAUAGAUUUUUCCCCCUUUUUACAUUAAAAUUACACAAUUGUAUUAACAAAAGAAGGAGAAGAUGAGGAAGGAGAAUAAAAACCUUGUUUAGAAUGUAAGAUCUGUCAAAUUUGGUGAAGAUUUAAAACUGAAAAGAAAAUGCGCUUGUUGAGGAGAACGAAAGGUCUGUUUUUACUCACCGCAAAACCACGUUAAGCUAAUGCCAUGCAUUUGGUUGUUCAACAGUUUAUCUUUUGUUUUGUUUUUGAAAAAUCCUUUUUUUGUGUUUUGAGACGAUUUUGUUUUUUCCUUCGAAAAAGUAAUGCAAAAAAGUACACUUAUUCUACUAUGGUAAGUAAGCAACAAAUAAACGGUGUGUGCAAUUUCUAGCAAUUGCUAACCUAUAUUUUUUAACAAGCGAAUCUUAAGGCAAUAUAUAUGAAAGUAUAUAAAAAGCAAGCAAAAACAACAACAGUAACUAUGACUCUUCUAACCAUCACGGACCACCACAGCAGCACUUUGAACAAUGAAAUUUAUUGGACUAUCUCUAUACCUAUAAAAAAAACGCGAGUACUUAACAUUUAAAAAGUGGGAAUACAACAAAUGAAAAAAAAAACAAACGUUAAAGCAAAUCAAAAUCGCCAUCAAUUAUGAAUUUAUUGUUACUAUACACUAAACGCAAUUUUACGGUCAUCCAAAAAGAUUAAAUGCUGGCUUUUGAAGGUGUCGUUCCCAAACUUUAUUUGUCACGUAAUGUAAUGUUAUGCAAGAAAGAAACAAAGUAAAAAACACGUGUAAAGACAGUCAAACAAAAACACACACCCCAGCAAAAGCAUAGAUAUGUAACAAUUUAUUGCCACUGUUAGAGAUUAGAUCGUACCUUAAAUGUCUAGCUAAUUUUCCCCAAAUUUAAUUGUACGUGCAAAACAAGAAGAAAAAAAAAACAUCCAUGUAAUGAAGACGAAGAAGAUUUGAACUUAAACAAAAGUAAAUCAACUAUCGUAGAGUUUUAGGUUAGGAGCCAAUUUUUCUAUACACACAGUUGUUGAGUCUCUAAAUUAGUGUGUCCACCCUUUUUCCCGGUUUCGAGAGUAAUAAAGACAGAAAAUCCUUUCCCCCCUUAAAAACAACCCCGACCUCCCUUUUUUUCACCGGGUCGACAAGAUGGCGGCCAACCGAUUUGACAGUUCGCGCCGCCAUCUUGUCAAUCUCAGUGCAAACCGUCUCUCCUACCCACUCAGAUCAAAACCACCGUUAUUCUCUCUCCGUGUAUCGUCACAGGUGACAGUUGAGUUUAUUCGCCAAACAAAGCAAAAACAAACGGGAAUGUUGUUAUCAAAUCCAAUCAGGUUCGUGUAUUAACCACUAUUUUGCUGCGUUUAUUUGUGUCAGCUAAGCUCUUAAAACCCCUCGGAGCACACAUUCACACAGAAAUCAGAAGCCAUUACAUUCACCACUUACAAAACAGAAAAAAAAAACAAACAGAACGUACUUCGAAACACUAACAACUAUUCAUCACUAGUUAAAUUAUAAAUUAAAACAAAGCAAAACAAAAGGAAAAGAUCGUCGUAAGCAUUCGUUCGAGAAACAAAAGGUGCGCCAUAGUUUCGAUUCCGGGAAAAAAGCGCAAGAAAGAGACACUUUAAAACAAAUGUGCAAUUCGAAACAUCAUCAAUCUUCUUGUUAACAGAAAACGCUUUUCUCCGGGUUUUUUUUUCUGGAGUUGAAACUUUGGCGGGGCGAAAAAAUGAAUUCAAAAUUUACUGCUGCUGUAAGAAGGAAAUGAAAAGAAGGAGGAUGAAAUGCAUUACAAGAAAUUAUCUAUUUCUAUAAACUUACGAAAUGAAUAAAAUAAAGUCUUUUUCAAAACACUUC